GUGUCGCAGUGCCUGCCGGGAAGGAUGUGAGGCCGCCGCCGGUGGCUGGAGAAAGAGCAGAAGCGGCGGCGGCGGCGGCGAGGGAGGCGCGGGCAGGCUCAGUGAUGGCAACCAUGUUGUACCCCCGCGAGGAGAAGCUGGAGAAGAUGAGCCAGGACGAGAUUGUGUUGGGCACCAAGGCAGUGGUGCAAGGCCUGGAGACACUGCGCACUGAGCACCACUCGCUGCUGGCCGCCCUGCUCGACACCGUCAACCGUCUGGAGCAGCAGCAUGAAACAAGCGCUGCCCAGGAGAAAGCCAGCCUCUUGCGCAAAUCUCUGGAAGCCAUCGAGCUGGGCCUUGGGGAGGCUCAGGUGAUCAUUGCCCUCUCCAGUCACCUCAGUGCGGUGGAGUCGGAGAAGCAGAAGCUGCGGGCUCAGGUGCGGCGCCUGGUGCAGGAGAACCAGUGGCUGCGUGAUGAGCUGGCUGGGACCCAGCAGAAGUUGCAGCGGAGCGAGCAGUCUGUGGCCCAGCUGGAGGAGGAGAAGAAGCACCUGGAGUUCAUGAACCAGAUUAAGAAAUUUGAUGAUGAUGUUUCGCCAUCGGAUGAGAAGAAUGGGGAGACAGGCAAAGACUCCUUAGAUGAUCUGUUCCCGAAUGAUGAUGACCAGGGACAAGGGCAGACACAUGGUAGUGGUGAUGCAGCAGCGCAACAUGGUGGUUAUGAGAUUCCGGCACGGCUGCGGACACUCCACAACCUGGUGAUCCAAUAUGCUUCCCAGGGGCGCUACGAAGUGGCUGUACCUCUCUGCAAGCAAGCACUGGAGGAUCUUGAGAAGACCUCAGGACAUGACCACCCCGAUGUGGCUACCAUGCUGAAUAUUCUUGCGCUGGUUUACAGGGACCAAAAUAAAUACAAGGAGGCUGCUCAUCUUCUCAAUGAUGCCUUGGCCAUCCGGGAGAAGACCUUGGGAAAGGACCACCCUGCUGUGGCUGCUACCCUCAACAAUCUGGCCGUGCUGUACGGUAAGCGGGGCAAGUAUAAGGAGGCAGAACCGCUGUGCAAGAGGGCUCUGGAGAUCCGAGAGAAGGUGCUGGGGAAGUACCACCCAGAUGUGGCCAAGCAGCUCAACAACUUGGCUCUCCUUUGCCAGAACCAGGGCAAGUACGAGGAGGUUCAGUACUACUACCGCCGCGCCCUGGAGAUCUACGAGUCUCGCCUCGGGCCAGACGACCCCAAUGUCGCCAAAACUAAAAACAACCUGGCCUCCUGCUACCUCAAACAGGGCAAAUACAAGGACGCUGAGGCCCUCUACAAGGAGAUCCUGACCCGAGCACACGAGAGAGAGUUCGGCUCAGUCAAUGGAGAGAAUAAGCCGAUCUGGAUGCAUGCAGAAGAGCGAGAGGAAAGCAAGGAGAAGCGCAAGGAGAAAGACAGCGCCCCCUAUGGGGAGUAUGGCAGCUGGUACAAAGCCUGCAAGGUGGACAGCCCCACAGUCAACACGACUCUGAAAAGCUUGGGUGCUCUCUACCGGCGCCAGGGAAAAUUGGAGGCUGCAGAGACGCUGGAGGAGUGUGCCCAGAAAACCCGCAAGCAGGGCAUGGACGCUAUUAACCAGAGCAAGGUUGUAGAACUACUGAAGGAUGGGAACCGCUCCGAGCACCGAUCAAACUGCGAGGGGGUCCUCAGAUCCAACAAGUGUGAAAACGGGAUUGACCCAGAAGACAGAGCAGUUGAGUGGUCCGGGGUGGGCUCUGGAGCCUUGCGACGCAGUGGCUCCUUUGGGAAGCUGCGUGACGCCUUCCGACGAAGCAGCGAGAUGCUGGUGAAGAAGCUGCAGGGGAGCAGCCCGCAGGAGCCCCGGAACCCAGGGAUGAAGCGGGCCAGUUCUCUCAACUUCCUCAACAAGAGCGUGGAAGAGGAGGCAAGCCAGGCAUCCAGUAGUCUAUCUGACAGCCGUGGCCUUAGCGCCAGCAACGUAGACCUCUCUCGGCGGAACUCUCUGCUGGCGUGAGGAUCAGCUUGGCCUGCACCUGCGUUGCAUUGUUGAAGACCUGGGCCAUGUCCGACCUUCUGCCUUCUCUCUCUCUCUCUCUCUC